AUUGAUUGGAGGUGACUUUUGAGCGACUAAAGGUUGUUCAUAUGGAGGAGGAGAUUCGUGGUUCCCUGGUUCGGAGCAGCAGCUAGAAGUAAACUGUAAUGGCUUUAUCACCGAAGAUGAACCGUUGCUGCUUCAUUCCUUAUACGAAUCUCUUCUUCUUCUUCUUCUUCUUCUUCUUCUUGUUUUGCAUCUCUCUGCUCGAUAAAGCUGUUUGCAUCAGGAUUCCGAAUCAGAUCUCGGAUACUGUCGUUGAUUCUCCCGAUCGUCCUUUGAAAUCUGCGGUGUUCGCUCUCGGGAGCUUCUGGAGAUCGGAGGCGGCUUUUGGUUGUAUCAAUGGCGUCGUACGAACAACCUCCGGUUACGCCGGCGGAACGAAAGCGAAUCCUGAGUAUAGGAACUUGGGUGAUCACGCCGAGUCCGUACAGGUUGAAUACGAUCCAAGGAUCAUUGGUUCUCGUCAGCUUUUAGAUGUAUUCUCGUCUAGUCAUGAUUCUAGACAAGUGUUUGGACAAGGUCCUGAUGUGGGUAAUCAAUACAGAUCGUGUAUUUUCACUAAUUCUACAGAAGAGUUGAGACUGGCUUCUACUAGCAAAGAAAGGGAGCAACUGAAAUCAAGAAGCAGUAUCGUCACUACUCCAAUUCAACAGCUAGGAACGUUUUAUCGCGCAGAGCCUGAUCACCAGAAGUUCGAGCUUAAGCAACAUCCAUUUCUUAUUCAGCUAAUAGGAAACAUGGCUGAAGAAGAGCUUGAGAGAUCAGCUCUAGCCACAAAACUAAACGGUUAUGCAGCCGAGCUCUGCCCGCCUAGAAUCCAAAAACAGAUAGACUCUAGAGUUAAUGAGAUCAUUAGAAAAGGUUGGCCCGUGUUGAGAGACAUCUAAUAUAUAUAAGCCUUGAGAGAGAUCUUCGUGUUCUUGGAUACGAUUGAUAAUCACAGAUGUAAGAUUUGGUUCAUUCUUUUGGCCAGGAAAUUGGUCGUAUAGUUGUCAGUUAUCACAACAAUGUGUAUGUCCUAGUCCAACUCUUACCCCUUGACCUUGUCCUUUGAGUGGUGAUUGAUUGUUCAGUGUUUUUUUUCUUGUUUCUUUCUGAUCUCUCAUCUCUCAUCUCUCAUCUCUCAGAGUAUGCUUUUCGUUUUCUUGUAAGCAUCCAUUCAUUUAUGGAUUUGUUUCGUUUUUCAUUGUAUCAUUAUAGUAUUGAAAUCUUGAUGAUCAACUUAUGUGUUAAUUAA